AUGGUGGCUGGGAUGCUGAUGCCCCUGGGGCAACUGCGCUCUAUCUAUGAGCUGCUCUUCCGUGAUGGCGUCAUGGUGGCACAGAAGGAGCGGUGCCCGCGCAGCGACCAUCCCGAGCUGCCAGGGGUCAGCCACCUGCACGUGCGGCGGGCCAUGGGUUCCCUGCUCUCGCGGGGCCUGGUCCGCGAGACCUUUGCCUGGCGCCACUGCUACUGGUACUUGACGGAUGAGGGCAUUGCCCAUCUUCGCGAUUACUUGCGCCUGCCGCCGGAGAUUGUGCCCGCCACCCUGCAGCGCAUCCGCCACCCUGUUGCCAGGGUGAGGCCUGUCCCACGCCCUCCUCGUACGCAAACCGUGUCAGGGCCGUUUGCCUGCCCCCCCAAGCCUCAGGAGGCCUCGCGGGAAGCCUAUCGCCGGAAGGAGGGCCUUGCCACCCCUGCCGUGCGGGCAGCAUCACAGGGGGCAUCGGGCCUUCCGGCCCCUUCCCCCGCGCCAGCGCCAGACGAGCGAGAUCGGGUCCAGAAGAAAACCUUCACCAAAUGGGUGAACAAGCACCUCAUCAAGGCCCAGCGCCACGUGAACGACCUCUACGAAGACCUCCGCGAUGGACACAACCUGAUUUCUCUCCUGGAGGUGCUCUCAGGAGACACCCUGCCCAGGGAGCGCGACGUGAUCCGGAACUUGCGGCUGCCUCGGGAGAAGGGCCGGAUGCGGUUCCACAAACUGCAGAAUGUGCAAAUUGCACUGGAUUACCUGAAGCACCGGCAGGUGAAGCUGGUUAACAUCCGGAACGAUGACAUCGCAGACGGGAACCCCAAGCUGACGCUGGGCCUCAUCUGGACCAUCAUCCUGCACUUCCAGAUCUCCGACAUCCAGGUGAGCGGCCAGUCAGAGGACAUGACUGCCAAGGAGAAGCUGCUGCUGUGGUCUCAGCGCAUGGUGGAAGGGUACCAGGGCCUGCGCUGCGACAACUUCACCGUCAGCUGGCGCGACGGGCGCCUCUUCAACGCCAUCAUCCACCGGCACAAGCCAAUGUUGAUCGACAUGAACAAGGUGUACCGCCAGACCAACGUGGAGAACCUGGAGCAGGCCUUCUCGGUGGCCGAGCAUGAGUUGGGGGUGACGCGGCUGCUGGACCCUGAAGAUGUAGACGUGCCCCAGCCAGAUGAGAAGUCCAUCAUCACCUACGUCUCCUCGCUCUACGACGCCAUGCCCCGUGUGCCGGAUGUGCAGGACGGUGUUAAGGCCAACGAAUUGCAGCUGCGCUGGCAGGAGUACUAUGAGUUGGUGACCCUUCUUUUGCAAUGGAUCCGGCACCACACGGUGGUCUUUGAAGAGCGGAGGUUCCCGGCUAGCUACGAGGAGAUUGAGGUCCUGUGGCGCCAGUUCCUGAAAUUCAAGGAGACGGAGCUGCCGGCCAAGGAGUCCGACAAGAACCGCUCCAAGGCUAUCUUCCAGUCCCUGGAGCCGGCAGUGCAGUCCGGGCAGGUGAAGGCGCCCCCCGGCUACCACCCGCUGGACGUGGAGAAGGAAUGGGGCAAACUGCAUGUGGCCAUCCUGGAAAGAGAGAAGCUUCUGCGCUCUGAGUUUGAAAGGCUGGAGAGGCUGCAGCGCAUCGUCAGCAAGCUGCAGAUGGAGUCCGGCCUCUGUGAGGAGCAGCUCAACCAGGCCGACACCCUCCUGCAGUCGGACAUCCGGCUGCUGAACGCCGGCAAGGCCCCGCAGAAGUCGGCCGAGAUUGAGCGCGACCUGGACAAGGCCGAUGCCAUGAUCCGCUCGCUCUUCAACGACGUGCAGGCGCUCAAGGACGGGCGCCACCCCCAGGGCGAGCAGAUGUACCGCAGGGUUUACCGCCUGCACGAGCGUCUGGUUGCCAUUCGCACGGAGUACAACCUCCGCCUGAAGUCCGGCUCGGCGCCCAUCGCCCAGGUCACCCUGCCUGUCACCCAGAGGCCCCGGCAGGAGCCGGAGGACGUCACUCUGCGCUACCUGCAGGACUUGCUGGCCUGGGUGGAAGAGAACCAGCGGCGCGUCGGUGCAGCCGAGUGGGGCAUCGACCUGCCCACCGUGGAGUCGCAGCUGGGCAGCCACCGGGGCCUGCACCAGUCCGUCGAGGAGUUCCGCACCAAGAUCGAGAGGGCCCGUGCCGACGAGGCCCAGCUCUCUCCCGGCCCCCGCAGCGCCUACCGGGACUGCCUGACCAAGCUGGAUGUGCAGUACGCCAAGCUGCUGAACUCCUCCAAGGCCCGCCUGCGGCACCUGGAGAGCCUCCACGCCUUCGUGGCGGCCGCCACCAAGGAGCUGAUGUGGCUGAACGAGAAGGAGGAGGAGGAGGUCACCUACGACUGGAGCGAACGCAACAGCAACAUGGCCGCCAAGAAGGAGAGCUACUCGGGGCUGAUGCGAGAGCUGGAGCAGCGGGAGCGGAAGAUCAAGGAGAUCCAGAACACAGGGGAUCGGCUGUUGCGAGAAGAGCACCCGGGCAAGCCAACGGUGGAGGCCUUCCAGGCUGCCCUGCAGACCCAGUGGAGCUGGAUGCUCCAGCUCUGUUGCUGCAUAGAGGCCCACCUGAAGGAGAACGCAAACUACUUCCAGUUCUUUGCUGAUGUGAAAGAAGCCGAGGAGUUCCUGCGCAAGACCCAGGAGACGCUGCGGAAGAAAUUUGCCUGCGACCGCUCCAUCACCGUGACGCGCCUGGAGGACCUGCUGCAGGACUCCCUGGACCAGAAGGAGCAGCUGGCCGAGUACCAGGGGCAGCUGGCCGGGCUGGCUAAGCGGGCCAAGGCCGUGGUGCAGCUGAAGCCCCGUAGCCCGACCACCCCCGUCAAGGGCCGCCUGCCUCUCCAGGCCGUCUGCGACUACAAGCAGAUGGAGAUCACGGUGCACAAGGGCGACUCCGGCACCCUCCUGAGCAAUGCCCAGCCCUACAAGUGGAAGGUGUUGAACGCGGCUGGAAGCGAGGCCGUCGUGCCGUCCGUCUGCUUCGUGGUGCCCCCGCCCAACAAGGAGGCUUUGGAUGCUGUCGGCAGGUUGGAGUCCGCCCACCAGAGCUUGCUGAGCCUCUGGCAGCAGCUGCACAUCGACCUACGGAGCCUCCUCUCCUGGCAGUGCCUGCAGCGAGACAUCCAGCAGAUCCAGUCCUGGUCUCUCCUCAUUUUCCGGACGAUGCCCCCCGAGGACUACCGCCAGACGCUCCGCAGCCUGGAGACCCACUACCAGGAGUUCCUGCGCCACAGCCAAGAUGCACAGAACUUCUUCCCGGACGACCGGCUGCACGUGCAGCGCGAAUACACCACCUGCACCCAGAAGUACGAGCUGCUCCUGCGCAGCCUGGAGAAAGGGGAGCAGGAGGAGUCUCUGUGCAGGAACUUCAUUUCCCAGCUGAAGGACAUCCGCCUGCAGUUGGAGGGCUGCGAGUCCCGCACCAUCCACAAAAUCCGUUCGCCGCUUGACAAAGACCCCGCCAAGGAGUGCGCCCAGCGCAUCAAUGACCAGCAGCAAAUCCACCUGGAGCUGGAGGGCAUCAAAAAGAGCCUGGGCAAAGUGAGCGAGAAGACAGAGCGGGUGCUCUCCCAGCCGGAGCAGGCCGGCUCGGCCCCCACCCUGCGCACCGAGCUGGACGUCACCUUGCAGAAGAUGGACCAAGUGCACAGCCUUUCCAGCGUCUACCUGGAGAAGCUGAAGACUAUCAACCUGGUGAUCCGCAGCACUCAAGGCGCCGAGGAGCUGGUGCGGAAGUAUGAGGAGCCGCUGAAGGGAGUGCAGUCUGUGCCCGCUGACCUCAGGGCGUUGGAGGAGACCAAGGCAGAGCUGAAGAGGCUGCGUGAGCAGGCAGAAGGGCACCAGCCCCUCUUCAGCACUCUGGAGGCGGACUUGUGCAAGGCCGGCGAGGUGAACGAGCGGAUGGUGCGGGGCCACAGCGAGAGGGACGUCGACCUGGACCGCUACCGCGAGCGCGUGCAGCAGCUGCUGGAGCGCUGGCAGGCUGUCUUGGCCCAGAUCGACCUGCGCCAGCGGGAGCUGGAGCAGCUGGGCCGCCAGCUGCGCUACUACCGCGAGAGCUACGACCGGCUCAUCCAGUGGAUCCAGGAGGCCAGGCAGCGGCAGGAGAGCAUCCAGGCCGUGCCCAUCACCGACACCAAGGCCGUGCGGGAGCAGCUGCUGCAAGAGAAGAAACUCCUGGAGGCAUGUGAUCGGAACCGGGUGAAAGUGGAGGAGUGCCAGCGCUUUGCCAAGCAGUACAUUGACGCCAUCAAGGAUUAUGAGCUGCAGUUGGUGACAUACAAGGCCCAGGUGGAGCCGGUGGUCUCCCCAGCCAAGAAGCCCAAAUUUCAGUCUGCGUCAGACAGCAUCAUCCAGGAGUACGUGGACCUCCGGACUCAAUACAGUGAGCUGACCACGCUGACCAGCCAGUACAUCAAGUUCAUCACCGAGACCCUUCGGCGGCUGGAGGAAGAGGAGAAAGCAGCCGAGAAGCUGAAGAAGGAGGAGCAGCGGCGGCUGGCCGAGGUGGAGGCUCAGCUGGAGAAGCAGAGGCAGCUGGCCGAGGCCCACGCCCGAGCCAAGGCCCAGGCGGAGCAGGAGGCCCAGGAGCUGCAGCAGCGCAUGCAGGAGGAGGUCAGCAAGCGGCAGCUGGUCGCCGUGGACGCCGCGCAGCAGAAGCAGAACAUCCAGCAGGAGCUGUCGCAGAUGAAGCUGAACUCCGACCUGCAGAUCCAGUCCCAGCUGCAGCUGAUGGAGGAGGCCGAGCUGAGCCGCAAGAGAGUGGAGGAGGAGAUCCGCAUCAUCCGCCUGCAGCUCACCACCACCGAGAAGCAGAAGCUGGGUGCCGAGGAGGAGCUGCAGGCGCUGCGGGCCCGGGCGGAGGAGGCCGAGCGGCAGAAGAGGCUGGCCCAGGAGGAGGCCGAGCGCCUGCGCAAGCAGGUCGCCGAGGAGGCCCAGAAGAAGAGGGAGGCCGAGGAGGAGCUGAAGCGCAAGGUGCAGGCCCAGCAGCAGGCGGCACGGGAGAAGCAGGCGGCACUGGAGGACCUGGAGGCCUUGCGCCUGCAGGCCGAGGAGGCGGAGCGCAGGAUGAAGCAGGCCGAGCUGGAGAAAGAGCGGCAGAUCCAGGUGGCCCAGGAGGUGGCCCUGAGAAGCUCCGAGGCGGACCUGCAGAGCCGGCGCCUCUCCUUCGCCGAGAAGACGGCCCAGCUGGAGCUCUCCCUCAAGCAGGAGCACAUCACCGUCACCCACCUGCAGGAGGAGGCCGAGCGCCUGCGCAGGCAGCAGUUGGAAGCCGAGCAGGCCCGAGACGAGGCGGAGAAGGAGCUGGAGAAGUGGCGCCAGAAGGCCAACGAGGCCCUGCGGCUGCGGCUGCAGGCGGAGGAGGUGGCCCACAAGAAGGCCCUGGCCCAGGAGGAGGCCGAGAAGCAGAAGGAGGACGCCGAGCGGGAGGCCCGGAAGCGGGCCAAGGCCGAGGAGUCCGCCCUGCGCCAGAAGGAGCUGGCCGAGGAAGAGCUGGAGAAGCAGCGGCGGCUGGCCGAGGGCACCGCCCAGCACAAGCUGCAGGCCGAGCAGGAGCUGAUCCGCCUGAAGGCCGAGAUGGAGAACGGGGAGCAGCAGCGCCUCCUGCUCGAGGAGGAGCUCUUCCGCCUCAAGGCGGAGGUGAGCGAAGCCAUCCAGAAGCGAAAGGAGCUGGAGGAGGAGCUGGCCAAGCUGCGGGCCGAGAUGGAGCUGCUGCUGCGGAGCAAGGCCAAGGCCGAGGAGGAGUCCCGCUCCACCAGCGAGAAGUCCAAGCAGAUCCUGGAGGUCGAGGCCAGCAAGCUGCGGGAGCUGGCGGAAGAGGCGGCCCGGCUGCGGGCCCUCUCCGAGGAAGCCAAGCGGCAGCGGCAGCUGGCCGAGGAAGAAGCGGCCCGGCAGCGGGCAGAGGCCGAGCGGAUCCUCAAGGAGAAGCUGGCGGCCAUCAACGAAGCCUCGCAGCUGAAGGCCGAGGCCGAAAUCGCCUUGAAGGAAAAGGAGGCUGAGAACGAGCGGCUACGGCGUUUGGCGGAGGAUGAGGCCUACCAGCGGCGGCAGCUGGAGGAGCAGGCGGCACAGCACAAGCGCGACAUCGAGGAGAAGAUCGCCCAGCUGAAGCAGUCCUCGGCCAGCGAGCUGGAGAGGCAGAAGGGCCUCGUGGACGACACGCUGAAGCAGCGGCGCAUCAUCGAGGAAGAAAUCCGGAUCCUCAAGAUCCAGUUUGAGAAGGCCUCUGUGGGAAAGGCAGACCUGGAGGAAGAGCUUGGCAAGAUUAAGCACAGUGCGGAGAUGGUCCAGCAGAGCAAAGAGCAAGCUGAGCGUGAGGCAGAGAAGUUGCGACAGCUGGCCGGGGAGGAGGAGAACCGCCGCAGAGAGGCUGAAGAGAAGGUCCAGAAGAUCCUGCUUGCCGAGCGAGAGGCCGGCCGGCAGCGUAAAGCAGCCCUGGAGGAGGUGGAACGCCUGAAGGCCAGGGUGGAGGAAGCCAAGAAGCAGAAGGAGCUGGCCGAGCGCGAGUCGGAGAGGCAGAUCCAGCUGGCGCAGGAGGCUGCUCAGAAGAGGAUUGCUGCCGAGGAGAAGGCCCACCUGGUGGCCGUGCGGCAGAAGGAGCAGGAGAUGCUGCAGACAAGGCAGCAGGAGCAGAGCCUGCUGGACAAGCUGAGGGAGGAAGCCGCCCGGGCCAGGAAGGCCGCCGAGGAAGCCGAGCAGGCCCGAGUCAAGGCCGAGCAGGAGGCCACUUUGUCCCGGCAGCUGGUAGAGGAGGCUGAGCGCCUGAAGCAGCACGCGGAGGAGGAAGCGCAGGCCCAAGCCAAGGCGCAGGGGGAGGCCGAGAAGCUCCGGAAGGAGGCCGAGCGGGAGGCGGCCAAGAGGGCGCAAGCAGAGAAAGCUGCUCUCCGGCAGAAGCAACUGGCUGAUGCAGACAUGGAGAAGCAUAAGAAGUUUGCUGAGCAGACUCUGCGGCAGAAGGCCCAGGUGGAGCAGGAGCUGGCCAAGGUCAAGCUGCAGCAGGAGGAAACCGACCACCAGAAGAACAUCUUGGAAGAGGAGCUGCAGCGGCUGAAGGACGAGGUGACUGAAGCCAUGAAGCAGAAGGCCCAGGCCGAGGAGGAGCUCUUCAAGGUGAAGAUCCACAUGGAGGAGCUGAUCAAGCUGAAAACACGCAUCGAGGAGGAGAACAAGGUGCUCAUCAUGAAGGACAAGGACAACAUGCAGAAGUUCCUGGUGGAAGAGGCAGAGAAGAUGAAGCAGGUGGCGGAGGAGGCCGCUCGGCUGAGUGUGGAGGCGCAGGAGGCCGCUCGCAUGAGGAAGCUUGCGGAGGAGGAUCUCGCACAGCAGCGGGCCCUGGCCGAGAAGAUCCUCAAGGAGAAGAUGCAGGCUGUGCAGGAAGCCACGCGGCUGAAGGCGGAGGCGGAAGUGCUGCAGAAGCAGAAGGACCUGGCCCAGGAACACGCCAAGAAGCUGCAGGAAGACAAGGACCAGAUGCUGCAGCAGUUGGCGGAGGAGACAGAGGGCUUCCAGAGGACCUUGGAGGCGGAGCGCAAGCGGCAGCUGGAAAUGAGCGCCGACGCAGAGCGCCUGAAGCUGCAAGUGUCCGAGAUGAGCCGGGCCCAGGCCAAGGCGGAGGAAGAGGCCCGGCGGUUCAAGAAGCAGGCGGAGGAGAUCAGCCAGAAGCUGCACCAGACGGAGCUGUCCACCCAGGAGAAGAUGACGCUGGUGCAGACCCUGGAGAUCCAGAGGCACCAGAGCGGACAGGAUGCCGAGAAGCUGAGGCAAGCCAUCGCGGAGCUGGAGAAGGAGAAGGAGAAGCUGAAGCGGGAGGCCGGCCUGCUGCAGCAGAAGGCAGAAGAGAUGCAGAUGGCCCAGAAGGAGCAGCUGCGCCAGGAGACACAGAUGCUCCAGCAGUCGUUCCUCUCGGAGAAGGACACGCUCCUGCAGAAGGAGAGAUUCGUCGAGGAGGAGAAGGCGAAGCUGGAGAAACUCUUCCAGGACGAAGUGAACAAAGCGCGGGGCCUGAAGGCGGAGCAGGACCGUCAGCAGAAGGAGAUGGAGGAGGAGAAGCAGCGGCUGAGGGGCAACCUGGAGGAGGCCAGGAAGAAGCAAGCAGAGGCGGAGGAGAACGUCCGCCUGAAGCAGGAGGAGCUGCAGCGCCUGGAGGAGCAGCGGCGGCAGCAGGAGAAGCGGCUCGCUGAGGAGAACCAGAAGCUGAGGGAGAAACUGGAGCGCCUGCAAGAGGAGCACCGGGCGGCCCUGGCUCAGACCCGAGAGAUCAUGAUCCAGACGGACGACCUGCUGCAGGUGGCCGCGGUUCCUUCCCUCCAAGCGCCUCCACUGAAAGCCGUGCCCAACGGGAGAGACGUGGUAGACGGCAUAGCUCAAAAUGGCGAGCCAGAGUUAGCCUUCGAUGGCAUCCGGCAGAAAGUGCCUGCCCAGAAGCUGGCGGAGGCUGGCAUCUUAAGCAGAGAGAACCUGGAGAAGCUGGCCAAAGGCACGGUGACCACGGAGCAGCUGUCGCAGAGGGACGACAUCAGGAGGUACCUGCAAGGAACGAGCAGCAUCGCCGGCCUGCUGAUCAAGCCGGCCAAUGAGAAGAUGAGCAUCUAUCAGGCCUGGAAGCGGCAGCUGCUGAGCCCGGGCACGGCUCUCAUCCUGCUGGAGGCCCAGGCAGCUUCUGGCUUCAUCGUAGACCCUGUGAGGAACAGGAGAAUGUCUGUCAACGAGGCCGUGAAGGAAGGCAUGGUUGGCCCAGAGCUGCACAACAAACUGCUGUCUGCUGAGAGGGCGGUGACUGGCUAUAAAGACCCCUACACCGGGGACAAGAUCUCCCUCUUCCAGGCCAUGACGAAGGACCUCAUUGUGAAGGAUCACGGCAUUCGACUCCUGGAGGCCCAGAUUGCUACCGGGGGCAUCAUAGACCCCAUCAACAGUCACCGGCUGCCCGUUCAAGCGGCGUACAAGCGAGGCUACUUCGACGAGGCGAUGCAGCAGAUCCUGUCUGACCCAACUGAUGACACCAAGGGCUUCUUUGACCCCAACACCCAUGAGAAUCUGACCUACCUGCAGCUGAUGGAGAGGUGUGUGACUGACCCAGAGACGGGCCUCUUCCUCCUGCCCCUGACGGGCAAAGCGGCCGCGGGGGAGCUGGCCUGCACUGACCAGGAGGCCAAAGACGUCUUCCAGAAAGCCACCGUCUCUGCACCCUUUGGCAAGUUUAAGGGCAAGACUGUAACCAUCUGGGAAAUCAUAAACUCUGAGUAUUUCACUGAGGAGCAAAGGCGGGACCUGCUGCGCCAGUACAAGACAGGGAAGAUCACUGUGGAGAAGAUCAUCAAAGUGAUCAUCACAGUGGUGGAGGAGAGCGAGAAGAAGAGCCAGCUCUGCUUCGAUGGCCUCCGAGCUCCUGUUCCCGCCGCUGAGCUCCUGGAGAGCAACAUUCUCAACCAAGAUCUUUACAACCAGCUGCAACAGGGGAAGAAGUCCGUGAAGGACGUUGCCGGCGUUGAUUCCAUUAAGAGGUAUCUGAAGGGCAGCAGCGCCAUCGCGGGGGUCUUGGUGGAAUCCACUGGCCAGAAGCUGUUGCUCAGUGAGGCCUUGAAGAAAAGCCUCCUCAAGCCAGAGGUCGCCCUCAUGCUUCUGGAGGCCCAGGCUGGCACCGGGUACAUCCUUGACCCAGUGAGGAACGAGAUGCUCCCAGUGGACGAGGCGGUGCGGGCCGGCAUGGUUGGGCCCGAGUUGCACGAGAAGCUGCUCUCCGCAGAGAAAGCUGUGACCGGCUACAAGGAUCCCUACACGGGGCAGGUGGUCCCUCUCUUCCAGGCUCUGCAGAAAGGCCUCAUCCCUAAGGACACGGGGAUCCGCCUGCUGGACGCCCAGCUGGCCACCGGUGGCAUCAUCGACCCCGUCCACAGCCACCGCCUCCCUCUGGAGGCUGCCUGCAGGCGGGGCUGCUUCAGCGAGGAGAUGCACAAGGCGUUGUCUGCGCCAGCCGACGAGGCCAAGCUGUACUAUGACCCCAACGGCCAGGAACGCAUCACCUACACUCAGCUGCAGGCUAGGUGCCCAGUGGACAAGCAGACAGGGCUCCACCUGCUCCCGCUCUCAGAGCAGGCCAUCCGCAUGCAGCAGGAAGAAGUCUACUCGGACAGUCAGGCCAAGGAGUCCUUUGACAAGACGGCCAUCGAAGUGCCCGCCGGCAACUUGAAGGGCAAGACAGUCACCAUCUGGGAGCUGAUCCACUCCGAAUAUUUCACGGAAGAGCAACGGAGGGAGCUGAUCCGGCAGUACAAAUCGGGCAAGGUGACCAUCGAGCGGGUCAUCAAAAUCAUCAUCACCAUUGUUGAAGAGGCGGAGGCCAAGAAGCAAGAGAAGCUGACGUUCAGCGGCCUGCGGGCCCCGGUACCUGCGAGCCGGCUGCUGGAGUCCAGGAUCCUAAGCGAGGGCCAGUACGAGCAGCUGAAGGACGGGCGCAAGUCUGUGAAGGAGCUCUCUGAGGCGGAGGCCGUCCGGCGGUUCCUGCAGGGGAGCGAGGCCGUGGCCGGCGUCUAUGUAGAAGGGACCAAGGAGAAGCUGAGCAUCUACGAGGCCAUGCGGAGGAACCUGCUCUUGCCCAGCACGGCCGCCAUCCUCCUGGAGGCCCAGGCGGCCACGGGGUUCCUGGUCGACCCCAUCAGGAACCAGAAGAUGUAUGUGAACGAGGCGGUGAAGGCUGGCCUCGUGGGGCCGGAGCUGCAUGAGAAGCUGCUGUCUGCAGAGAAGGCGGUCACGGGGUACAAAGACCCUUACUCGGGGAACACCAUUUCUCUCUUUGAGGCCCUGAAGAAAGGACUGGUCCUGAGGGAGCACGCCACCCGCCUGCUGGAGGCCCAGCUGGCCACAGGGGGCAUCAUCGACCCUGUGCACAGUCACCGCCUGCCCGUGGAGGUGGCCUACAGGCGGGGCUACCUGGACGAAGCCAUGAACCGAACCCUCUCAGACCCUACGGAUGACACCAAGGGCUUUUUUGACCCCAACACUAAGGAGAACCUGACCUACUUGCAACUGAAGGAGAGGUGCGUUGAAGAUCCCGAGACCGGCCUCUACCUCCUGCCCCUGACACAGCCUGAGAGGCCCGCAAUAGUGGAGACCACCCAAGUGUACACAGAGGCAGAGACCAAGAAGGUGUUUGAGGAGACACAGAUUGACAUUCCAGUGGGAGACAUGGCCGGCUCCUCCAUGACCCUGUGGGACAUCAUGCACUCCGACCUCCUCCCUGAGGAGCAGCGCAAGCGGCUGAUGGAGGAGUUCCGCUCGGGCCAGGUGACCAAGGAGCGCAUGAUCAUCAUCAUCAUUGAAAUCAUAGAGAAAACUGAGAUCAUCCGGCAGCAAGACCUCACCUCCUACGAUUACGUCCGGCGCCGCAUCACCGCUGAAGACCUGUAUGAGGCCAGGAUCAUCUCCCUGGAGAUAUACAAUGAGCUGAAGCAAAGCUCCAAGACCAUCCGCGAGGUUCUAGAGAUAGAAACCAUCUGGAAGUAUCUCUAUGGCACCGGCUGCAUCACUGGCAUCUACAUCCCAUCCAGCAAGCAGAAGCUCGGCAUCUACCAGGCUCUGAAGAAAGGGCUGAUCAGUCCAGAGGUGGCGCGACCCUUGCUGGAAGCCCAGGCUGCCACAGGCUUCAUCGUUGACCCCAUCAAAAACGAGAUGUUAACGGUUGACGAGGCUGUCCGGAAAGGGGUGGUGGGCCCCGAAAUGCACGACCGGCUUCUGUCCGCCGAGAGAGCUGUGACUGGCUACCGUGACCCUUACAGCGAGCAGAAAAUCUCUCUUUUCCAGGCCAUGAAGAAAGAUCUCAUCCCUUCUGAAGAAGCCCUCCGACUGCUGGAUGCCCAGCUGGCCACAGGAGGCGUAGUAGACCCUCACCUGGGCUUCCACCUGCCCUUGGAAAUUGCCUACCAGCGCGGCUACCUCAACAGAGAGACUUACGAGAGACUGUCCGAGCCCAGCGAGGUCCGCAGCUACGUGGACCCUUCCACGGACGAGAAGCUCAGCUACGCGCAGAUCCUCAAACGAUGCAAGAAAGAUGAGAACACCGGCUGCCUGCUGCUGCCGCUUGGCGACACCCGGAAGCUGACUUUCCGAGGCCUGAGGAAGCAGAUCACCGUGGAGGAGCUGGUGCGCUCCAAGGUCAUGGAUGAAGCGACGGCUCAGCGCCUCCAGGAUGGCCUCACCUCUGUGGAGGAGGUCUCCAAAAACCUGCAGAAGUUCUUGGAGGGCACCAGCUGCAUCGCCGGGGUCUACGUGGACUCCACGAAGGAGAGGCUGUCCGUGUACCAGGCAAUGAAAAAGGGCAUCAUCCGUCCCGGCACAGCCUUUGAGCUGCUGGAAGCUCAGGCGGCCACCGGAUACGUCAUUGACCCCAUCAAGGGCCUCAAACUGACGGUGGAGGAGUCGGUGCGCAUGGGGAUUGUGGGCCCAGAGUUUAAGGACAAGCUGCUUUCUGCAGAGCGAGCAGUGACCGGCUACAAGGACCCCUACUCAGGCAAACUGGUCUCCCUGUUCCAAGCCAUGAAGAAGGGGCUGAUCCUGAAAGAUCACGGGAUCCGGCUGCUGGAAGCUCAGAUUGCUACAGGAGGCAUUAUUGAUCCAGAGGAGAGUCAUCGCUUGCCUGUAGAGGUAGCGUACAAGAGAGGUCUAUUUGAUGAGGAAAUGAAUGAGAUCCUGUUAGAUCCCAGUGACGACACCAAAGGGUUCUUUGACCCUAACACAGAGGAGAACCUGACAUACCUGCAGCUGAUGGAAAGGUGCAUCACAGACCCAGAGACGGGGCUUUGUCUUCUGCCCUUGAAGGAGAAGAAGCGGGAGAGGAAGACUUCCUCCAAGUCCUCUGUCCGCAAACGCAGGGUGGUGAUUGUGGAUCCAGAGACGGGGAAAGAAAUGUCUGUGUACGAAGCCUACCGCAAAGGCCUCAUUGACCACCAGACUUAUUUGGAGCUGUCUGAGCAGGAGUGCGAAUGGGAGGAGAUCACCAUUUCCUCCUCGGAUGGGGUGGUCAAGUCAAUGAUCAUCGACCGGCGGUCGGGGCGGCAGUACGAUAUCGACGAUGCCAUCGCCAAGGGGCUGAUCGACCAGUCUGCCCUGGACCAGUAUCGCUCAGGCUCCUUGUCCAUUACGGAGUUUGCGGAUAUGUUGUCUGGCAACAUGAGUGGAUUCCGAUCUCGGUCAUCUUCCGUCGGCUCCUCUUCUUCCUAUCCUAUCAGCCCGGCCCACGUCAGAGGUCAGUUGACGUCUUGGAGCGAUCCUGCGGAAGAGACUGGUCCUGUGGCCGGCAUCCUGGACACGGACACCCUGGAGAAAGUGUCCAUCACGGAGGCCAUGCACCGCAACCUGGUGGACAACAUCACCGGCCAGAGGCUGCUGGAGGCCCAGGCCUGCACUGGGGGGAUCAUUGACCCAAGCUCUGGGGAGAAGUUCGCCGUUGCCGAUGCUGUCAACAAAGGCCUUGUUGACAAAACCAUGGUGGACAGGAUCAACCUGGCUCAGAAAGCUUUCAAUGGUUUUGAGGACCCAAGAACCAAGUCCAAGAUGUCCGCCGCGCAGGCCCUGAAGAAAGGCUGGCUGUACUACGAGGCCGGCCAGCGGUUCCUGGAAGUGCAGUACCUGACAGGGGGGCUGAUUGAGCCCGACGCAACCGGCCGGGUCUCGCUUGAUGAGGCGCUGCAGAAGGGCACCAUCGAUGCCCGGACCGCCCAGAAGCUGCGGGAUGUGAACACCUACUCCAAGUACCUGACCUGUCCCAAAACCAAGCUCAAGAUCUCCUACAAGGAGGCCAUGGACAGGAGCAUGGUGGAGGAAGGGACCGGCCUGCGCUUGCUCGAAGCUUCCUCCCAGUCCAGCAAGGGCUACUACAGCCCCUACAACGUCAGCGGCUCCGGCUCCGCCUCUGGCUCUCGCUCGGGGUCACGAACUGGUUCUCGGCAGGGGUCCAGGCGAGGGAGCUUUGAUGCGACGGGAUCGGGCUUCUCCAUGUCCUUCUCUUCCUCCUCCUACUCCGCAUCCAGUUAUGGGCGCAGAUACCCAUCUGGCCCCAGCAGCUGUGCUGAUGCAGCUGGACUCAGCAGCCCCUCCUUCCGCCUGAACGGGAGCGGCGGGGGGGAGGAAAGCCAGCCAAAGCGCCUUGAGCGGCAGGGGCCGCCGCAGCUGUCCGUGGCAGGAGGAGAGGACCCUUGUGCCAUGCCUUGUGCCGUGCGGUCGGCGGCAUCCGCAGGCAGGAAGGAAGAGCCUCAGACCAGCCUAGCCUCCCAGAGACAUUCCCACGGCCCCUUCAGCUCUACAAAGCUCCUGAAGAAGUUGCUGCCUGGGCCCUCUGCCACGCCGGCCUCAACAGGGAUGACCUCGGGAAGCACUCUCUGCCCCCAAAGCUGUCCCAUCGGCUGGCCUCCCCUCAACCAUGUGGACUUGGCACUCGGACUGGCUGUCGGCUGCUUGCAUGCGCUUCUGGUGACGGAGGUGGUGCAGGAUCAUGACACUCUGGGCAUGGGGAGCAGCUUGGCCCUCCCCGCUGGUUAUAAGAUGAGAAUGCCCCCUCCCCCCCCGGCCUCCAUGGCUGCCGAGGGCUUCGUUUCUGAAGAAGAGGGCAGAGGCUCACCCGAGCCCCAAGUCUCAGCUGCUUGUGGUUGUUCCGCCCAUGUUGGAAUGUCGUGUGAGGCAAUGGAGAUGGUGCAGGGAGAUCCAGGUUCAAAUCCUGCUGAGGGGCUCUGUGCAGUUCUGAGCUGGCAGCUCUCUGUUGACGCCGGCCAGAAGUUCCUCUCCACGGACGCCACUGUCUUCUCGGGAUGCAGCUCGGCUGCCUCAUCGCCAAACUCUGAAGAGGGUCCUGAGAGGGCCUGGCCGAGGUGCGAGGGGAAGGAGCGCAGCCCGGGGGUGGACGUCCGAGAGCAGCUGCUCUCUCUGCGCCACUGGCUGGAUGCGCUGGAGAAGAGGCUGCCGGGCCUGCCAGGCCAGGAGGACUCCGCCCUGGAGGUAAGUCCAGGGGCCCAGGCGGCCGCGACGUCUCGCAGCCUGGCCGUGGUGAGUGGGGGCAGGGAGGUGGGACAGUCGGCCAGAGCACAGCAAGUCGGCUUGUGCAAGUCCUCAGCUCUUCUGCUGCCUUUGCAAGAGAUCAGCUUCUCUGGAAUGAAGGACUUUGGGUACACAGCUUCCCGGAUGGGGGCAGCCUGCCGCUGGGCCCCCGGGAUGCGCAGGGCUUCCCGCGGAACCCUCCCCGAGGACGGCCCGGGAGGGAGAGCUGCAGCCCCCGGCGGACAGGACAGCGAAGCCCGCCAAGCGCUCUGGAAGAAGCACAGCAGCCACUUCCCCUGCCCUGCCAGGCUGCUCCUCCCGGCCCCAGCAGAAGUGCCACCUGGCUGGCCCGCCGGAGCAGACCAGCCGCUCAAAGGAGAGCAGGCGGCCGAGCUGACCGCGUGGCCCCCCGGCCGGCCUGCCCGCCGCACCCUCCACACCUGCGGAGCUUCCCUGCUGCUCCCUGAAGGCCGGGAGCCUCUGAACCCCGCCCCCGGGGCCAUGGGCAACUCGGGGGGCAGGCCCAGCUGCCUGGGGGUCAAGGGCCAGAAAUCGGAGGACUUCCUGAAGGACUCGUACCUCAAGGACCUGGGCCUGGACCCCGGGGCCCCCUCCGGGAGGAACAACGCGGAAGGAGGCCACGCGGGCCCCCCGGAAAAGCCGCCCCUCAACCCGAUGGUGAUAGAGAACGGCUGGCCCCUCGCCCAGCAGGGCAGCCCCCUCCCCAAGCAAGACAACCGGGACGUCAAAGUGCAGCACCGGGGCCUGAGCUGCAACCCGCUGAAGGCCCGCCUGGAGGCCGCCUGGGCCCCCCCCGGGGAACUUCUCCCGAGGGGGGGUGCGGGCAGCAGCUGGGCCUGGAAGCCCCUCGAGGUGACCGAGGUGACCGAGGUGACGGAGACUGUGGUGACCGAGAUCGUGGAGGUGACCGAGUACCCCAGCGGGGACAAAAGCCACGAGCCGGUGGUCACCAGGACGGUGAAGGUGCUGACGGAGUGUGCGGGAGCCCUGCCGGAGGCAGUGGCCUUCCUGGGAGAGCGGCAGAGCCCCGAUCAGGCCCGGGAGACCUUGGGGGAGCUGCUCAACUGGGUCAGGGACAUGGAAGACCUGGUGGCCAGCCAGAAAGCCCCUUCCUCGGAAGCAAAGGUGGUGAAGGCCCAGCUGCGGGAGCAGAAGGGGCCUCCAGGGGCUGGCGACAGCGUAUCUCCUGGGCUUCCUGGCCCCGUAUCAGUCUGCCCGAGUACUGAGGGCCUCCUGGCAUGCGACAAAGUCCCGGGCAGGAGGACCCUGGAGCAGAUGUUCCGGGGGAGGCUUUGUGCCUCCCAAGCCCAGCUCUUAAAGCGGCUCCUGGAGGAGCGCCGGGCCCCUGUGGAACGAAUGCUGCAGGCUGGAGAGACGCCCCUCGAGCCCGCUGGCAGGACUGACGGGCACGAAAGGAAUGGGGGCCUCGCCAACCUUCGGGAGAAGUGGACUGCCUUAAUUCGGGGGGCAGAAGCCAGGCACAGCUGCUUGGAGCAGAUCCUUCCUGCCGCUCAGACCUUCCAGCAAUCAGUUGAUGCCUUCCAGGACUGGCUGAGCGCCACUGAGCGCCAACUGGCCCAGCUCUGGCACGCCAACGGGAGCCUCAGCCAGGCGCAAGACUCACACCAGCAGAUCCAGGACCUGAGCAAGGAAAUUCAGGCCAAGCCGGGAGAGCUGGAAGGGUUCCUGAGGCAUGGGCAGCGGCUGCUGGAGAUGGUGUCAGGCGAAGAAGCCCAGCUUGCCCAGGAGAAGAUGGACUCCCUGCGGAUGAGGUUCCUGAUCGUGGGCCGGAGCUGCACCGACAUCUUGCACCGGCUGGAGCAGACCUUGGAGGCCUCUUCCCGGCUGGGGCCCACCCAGGAGGACCUGGCCCUGUGGCUGAGCCGCAUGGAGCGGGAGCUGCCCCCCCAGGGCAGGGCGCCCGGAGAUGGGCCUGGCCCCCUCGCGGCUGCGGACAGAGAGAAGGGUUACCUGGCCUUAGCCCAACUGAAGGAAGGGUGUGGGGAAGUGGCCUUGGGUUUCAAGCCAGUACUUGUGGGCAGGGCCGCCCUCCGAUCCCUCGGCCGGCAACCCAAAUCCACUCUGGCUCCUGGCUCUGGCCGUCCAAGCCUUCCCACUGGGGCAGAGAAGGAGGAGGAUGCCUCCUCCAGUGGAAGGACCCCCACCCACCCACCCGGCCGCCUUGUCCCUUCUCCAGGAGGGCUGACUCAGCUGGGUCUUCUGUCUCAGUUUGAGCAGGCUCUGGGAUCAGGGAUGGCCCACGGGUCCCACCUCCUCGCGCGCUUGGAAGAGCUGAGCCAAGUCCACCUCGAUGCCCAUGCCCUCCACUUGCAGAUCACCGAUCAGAAGCUCCUGUCCGCAGAGAUUCUGCACCACUGUGGCCUGGUGGAGCGGCUCGUGGCUCUGGCUGAGCCCCUGCUCGGCUUCUGCUCUCCGGCUGUGAAGCAGCAGCUCCAGCCGUUGGUGCAGCCUCUGCAGGAGCAGGCAGAGCAUCUCUUGCGUCAGAGUCCAGCCUGCGCCAUGCGGCUGGAGCAGGCCCAGUUGCUGCUGGCCCAGUAUGCAGAGACCCGGGAGGAGCUGUCCCCGUGGCUGGAAGAGACGCAGCGUGAGCUGGAAUGCUUCUCCCUGGACGCCCUCAGCUGUGACACCCUCAAGGACCAGCAGGAGCUGCUGCAGAGUCUUCGGGAGGCCGUUGCUGAACACAAGCCCUUGAUGGCCAAGCUCCAGCGGGUGCUGGCGCAGCUGGCCCAGCUCUGCCCACAGGAGGCCAGCCCCUUCCAGCAGGGCUGGCAACAGGCGGAGGAGCAGUACGGGGGCAUCCAAGAGCGCGUUGGUCAGGCUGCAGCUGUUUUGGAAGAGGCCCUCCCCCGCUAUAGCCAGCUGUCGGAGCGCCUGGAGCUGAUGGCGGAGAGCCUGGAGAGGCUGCGGAGCCACGUGCAGAACCCGCCCCCCACGUGGGGGGACUCGGCCUGGCUGCGGGAGCAAGUGAGGGAGAACAGCCUCCGGCUGGCCGACCUGGAGAAGCUUGGUGUGGCUCUGGAGACCCUCCGUGGGCAGGGGGCCGAGCUGCUGGCCACUAUGCCGGCUGGUGUGAGCGGAGGGAUCCAUGCCCGCGUGGAGCAGCUGCGGAGCCAGUGGGAAGGGCUGUGGCGGCGAGCGGAGGAGCAGGAGAGCUGGCUGCAGGGCCUGCUGGCUCUGGCCGACCGCUUCUGGCACGGGCUGGCCGACCUCGGGGCCACCCUCAGUGAGACCCUGCAGGGGGUGCUGGAUCUAGUCGAAGUCUCCUCGGACCCCGAGGCCAUUCAGGCCGGGCUCGGGACCAUGCAGGUGCUGCGAGAAGAGAUCGACGGCCUGCAGAGCCAGCUGGACUCCCUGGGGGCCCUGGGCGUGGAGCUGAUGUCCUCGUGCGGAGACCUGGACAAGCCAGACGUCACCAAGAGCUUGGACGAUCUCUACGCCUCCUGGAACAGCCUCAGCAAGAUGUGGGUGGAGCAGCAGAGCCGCCUGGAGGAACACCUGCAGGCCUCCCUCCUGGGCCAGGAGACGGUGGAGAGGCUGUCAGGCUGGAUGGAGAUGGCUGAGGUGCGGAUUGCGGAGGAGUUCCUGGUAGGGGGGGAUCCGGGCGUGGUGAAGCAGCAGCUCCUGGAGCUGAAGGACUUCAAACGAGAGCUGUACCAGUGCAGGGUGGACAUGGAGAGCCUGCGGCACUGGGGGGGGGCCAGGGGGGCUGCCAACAGGUGCCCCCCAGACGCUCUCGGUGGCUUGCAGGAGCGCUGGAGCCGCCUGGAGGAGGAGAUUGUGAGCCGGCAGCACCAGCUGGAAGAGGCCCUGCUGGGCUUGGGCCACUUCCAGAGCCAGCUGGAGGGGCUUCUGCAGUGGCUGCUGCACACCACGGAGCAGCUGCAGGACCGGACCGCCCCCUGCCUGGACCUGCAGAGCUGCGAGAUCGAGCUGGCCAAGCACAAGGUGCUGCAGAAUGAUGUCGUGUCCCGCACGCGCACGGUGCAGUCUGUGACGGAGGCUGGCGAAGGCCUGCUGGUGUCCGUCGGGGGCCCCUGCGAGGAGGGCUUGCAAGGCAGCCUCCAGCAGCUCCGCCAGCGCUGGGACUUUGUCCUGGCCGAGAUGGCGAGUCGCCAGCUGGAGCUGGAGAACAACCUGAGCCAGGCGCAGGACGUCGCCCUGGAGAGGACCGAGCUGCUUCAGUGGCUGGACCAGGCGGAAGUGCGGCUCUUCUCCACCCAGCCUCCCUGGGGGCACCCCGAGACUGCCAAGGAGAAGCUGGCAGCGCACCUGGAGCUGUGCAAGGAGACGGAGGCGAAGCAGGAGGCCUAUGACCGGCUGCGGGGGCGUCUUCGACGCCUGCUGGCCUCCAGCCCCCCUCCCUGGCCCUCCAGCACUGAGCAUAGCCUGAGCAUCCUGGAGCAGAAGUGGGGCCGCGUGGCCAGCCUGGUCCAGGAGAGGAAGGAUCAGCUCAGCGAGGGCCUGACGGUGACCACAGAGUUCCACUCCACCUCCCAGGAACUGCUGAAGGGGGUGGGGGUCCUGGAAGAGGCCCUGGGGGUCAUGUCCCCACCCAGCUUUGUCCUGGAGACCCUCACUCACCAGAUCCAGGAGCAGAAGUGGGGCCACACUGAGCUGGCCUCUAGCCCUGUGGCCAGCUCCCCCUGGCAGGGGGACUGGGGGGGAAGAGGGGCUCUGGCCUGCGGGCCCACCUGCCCUGUCGGCCCCUGCCAGGCUCUGCUCCAGGAGGCCCAGGCCCACAGGGAGAGGCUGGUGGGGCUGGAGGCGCUGGCCGCCCGCAUGAAGGACUUCAGCCAGAGGCAGGACUGCAGGGCCCUCCACAGCCUGGUGCUGACUGCCGAGGAGCGGCUGGCCAGAGUGCUUCAGCAACUCAGCCAGAGGGGCAGCGUCCUGGAAGAGGCCCGCAAACGUGCCAAGCAGUUCCGUGAGUCUUGGCAGCUGCUUCUCGACUGGCUGGAUGAGUCGGAGUCCACUCGGGAGACACUCAGCAGCGCCCCCAAGAGCCCGGAGGAGGUCAAGGGCCAGCUGGGAGAGCACAAGGAGUUCCAGAAGGGCCUUCGCACCAAGCGGCCGGUGUACGAGGCAACCCUGCGGAGCGGGCGCUUGCUCCGCGAGAAGGCCCUGCUCCCGGAGGAUGCGCAGGCUCUGGAUGAGAUGCUGGGAGAACUGAAGGAGCGCUGGGAAGCCGUGUGCAGCCAGGCGGCAGAGAGGCAGCACAAGCUGGAAGAGGCGCUGCUCUUCUCGGGCCACUUCCCCGAUGCCCUGCAGACCCUCAUGGACUGGCUGUACCGGGUCGAGCCGCAGCUGGCUGAGGAGACGCCCGUGGCAGGUGACAGAGACGUGGUCAGCGCACUGAUGGACAAGCAUAAGGCCUUCCAGAAGGAGCUCGGGCAGCGGGCCAGCUGCGUCCGGACCCUCCGGCGCUCCGUGCGUGACCUGACGUGGGGCAGCCAGGUGGGCGACUCCCAGUGGCUGCAAAACCAGGUGGAAGAGCUGGGCCACCGCUGGGAACUCGUCUGCAGACUCUCCAUCUCCAAGCAGGCACGGCUGGAGGCUGCGCUGAGGCAGGCAGAGGAGUUUGACCGGCUGGUGCGCUCAUUCCUGGGCCACCUGUCUGAGGCGGAGAAGAGGAUCAAGUGCGGAGUCUUCCCAGCAGAGGCGACGGCGGUGCAGGAGCGCCAGAGCCAGCUGAAGGAGGUGAGCCAGAGCCUGCGGUGCCACCAGCUGGAACUAGACUGCAUCACUUCGCUGGGGGAGGAGAUGCUGAGCUCCUGCCACCCUGACGCCGUCAUCACGCUCCGAUCCUGGCUGACCGUCACCAGGAGCCGCUUCCAGGAGGUGGAGAGCUGGGCCCAGCAGCAGGAGGGGCGGCUGCAGGCCCAGGCCUCGUCCCUGGCCACGGAACAGGAGGAGGCAGCCCGGCUGAUGGACUGGAUUGCGGCCGCUGAGGAGUCCCUGAACCUGCGGGACCUGGAGCCCCUCCCGGAGGACGCCGGUCAGCUGCAAGAGCUCAGCGCGCAGCAUGCGGUGUUCAUGGAGCAGUUGAACCAGAAGCAGCCAGAUGUGGAGAAAGUCACCAAGAGCAGCCAAUGCAGACUGCCCAGGGACCCCCCGCCCCCCCACAAGCUGCCUUCCCGGCGACGGUCAGCUGGCAGACUUCCCCAGAGGGCUCCCGCCGCCGUGCCCCUGGACGACCUGGGGCUGCAAAGCCCCCUCCUGGCACGACUGGCGCGCUGCUGGCAGCAACUCUGGCUGCUGGCCCUGGACAGGCAGUAUCGGCUGGAGAAAGCCCAGCAGCACCUCCAAGAGGUGGAGGAGUUCUCCCACUUUGACUUUGCUAUCUGGCGAAAGCGGUACCUGCAAUGGAUCAGCCACAUGAAGUCUCGGGCCCUGGAUGUGUUCCGAGGCAUCGACAGGGACCAGGACGGGCGCAUCAGUCAGCAGGAGUUCAUUGAGGGCGUCCUCUCCUCCCGAUUCCCCACCAACGUGCUGGAGAUGAGUGCCGUCGCCAGCAUCUUUGACCUGAAUGGGGACGGCUACAUCGACUACUAUGAGUUUGUCAGCGCCCUGCACCCCAGCCGGGACCUUCUGCGCAGGAAUGCAGAUACGGACCAGAUCCAGGAUGAGGUGAACAGGCAGGUGUCGCAGUGCAGCUGUGCCAAGCGCUUCCAGGUGGAACAGAUCAGUGCCAACAGAUACAGAUUUGGGGAGUCCCAGCAGCUGCGCAUGGUGCGCAUCCUGCGAAGCACCCUGAUGGUGCGUGUGGGGGGAGGCUGGAUUGCUCUGGACGAGUUCCUGGUCAAGAACGACCCCUGCAGAGUGAAGGGCAGGACCAACAUGAAGCUCAACGAGAAGUACCUGGCCCCCGAAUCCUCGGCGUGCAGAGGGGCCGGCAGCGCCAAGGCCCCGUCUCCCGGCCUCUCCAUGUCCAGCCUCAGCCUCUACAGCAGCGCCUCUGCUCCCAGCAGCCCCCUCUCCAGGAAGUGUGUCCUGCGGAGAACCCGCUCUGGGGAUCGGUGCCCCCCUUCCCGUAGUCCUCUGGCGAUGGAGAGCACGGAGCUGACGUCGGCCACCGCAGCUGAGGACGGCUCCCAUCUUCAUGCAGAGGCGGCUCCUCCCCCCCCAGCUGCCCCGACUCGGUGCCCCCUCAGCUCAGCCUUUGGACGGAAGCAGCAUCGGUGCGUGGCCGUGGCUCAGGUCAGCGGCCACCACGAGGGCCACGGCUCAGUCCGCGGGCGUUUGAAGCAGACACAGGAGGAGGCAGAGGUGGCCGGACACUCCCUGCCUGGCUCAGGACGCACAGCCAUCUGCUCUCUCAGCAAGACCCUCGUGCUGGGUGCUGGGUGCCAGUUCUGCUCCCUGGGCAUUUCUGGCUCAGGCAUGGCGGCAGGAACCAUUUCUGCUGGCCAGGCGCUCAAGAAGAGGCAGCCUGCCCGCCUGCCCUGCCUGCCUGCCCUGCCUGCAGAGGGAGGACAUUUCGGUCCUUGCUGGGUGCUGCCUGCUCGUCUCGCGCAGCACAUGCUUACCACCCCCUUCACGAUUGCAAGGAUCGUGUCCUGGGCCCACUUGACCAAGGAGUGGGCGGUCUGGACAGAGGGCUGCCCGCCUUGUUCCGUCCCACCUGAGCAGCCGGUGGCUGAGAAUUUUUCGUUUGGGCUGGCUUCCAAAAACCAGGUGUAUGAGUGCAAUGGGCUGGCUUUAACUCAGUUCCCCGAGGCCCUGUCUGGCCCAGGCACGGCCCUCCUCAAGCGGGUGGAGGGUCAGCCUGAAACGGCCUUUGCUGGGAGGUAG